AUAUACUAAUCCCAGCAAUUUCAAUGUAUACCCUCAAUUUCAUAAUCAAGAAAUGUGCACCCUAGAGAAGCGCGGAAGCCUUUACAUUCUAACACUUACAGGCAAUGAUGAUCACCGUCUCAACCCUUCUCUGGUAGACUCUAUCUCCGCGGCCCUUCAUUGCAUUCGUUGUGAAGUCUUAGCCACACCCUCUAUUUCUGCUGCCCUCAUCACUACAGGAGAAGGCAAGUAUUUCUCAAAUGGCGGCGACAUAGCAUGGGCUCAGUCCAACAAACAGAGAUUUUUCACCAUGAUGUCGAAAGUAAGACAUCUUCUUACUGACCUCAUGUCUCUCCCUAUGCCAACAAUUGCUGCUGUCAAUGGCCACGCCUCUGGUGGUGGCUACAUUCUUGCCCUAUGCCAUGAUUACGUCUUCAUGAGGAAGGACCGUGGUUAUCUAUACAUGGGUGAAUUGGAUACGGGGACAGUAAUUUCUCCAACUUACUUUGCAGCUACACUUAAGGCCAAAAUUUCAAGCCCAGCAGUUCGACGUGACAUACUUUUGAAGGCAGAGAAGAUAACGGCGCAAGCUGCAGUGACGAAGGGGAUUAUUGAUGCGGCUUAUGAUAAUAUGGAGGAGACGAUGACAGCAGCGGUGGAGCUGGGGGAAGAGUUGGUGAGGAACAACUGGAAUGGGGAAGUGUAUGCAGAAAACAGGAAAUAUCUUUAUAGUGAUGUGUUGCAUGAGCUAACAAUUGCUGAAACUGAUAAAAUCUUACAGGAUUCUCGUGUACUGAUCAAGGAAGCCGUGUCACGACUUUGAUCCGGAUAUAUAUGAAGAACAUGGUAUCUGUGUUUUUUAUGAGAUGGCCCCUGAUAAGAAUCACGGAUGUACAUGGAUCUUGAUCUUACUCUUCGUUUUUUUCUUAAAUAAUUUUAAUGCUUGAAUACUUUGCAUAGUUCUGUGAUUUCAAUUGCAUUUGGUAGUGUUAAUUAUAUUUAGGGAGAACAAAUAAAGGAACAAGAAGAGAAAUGGAUGUAGUUAUGUUAUUUUUCAAUUUUUUUAAAGUCGGAAUAUAUCUUACUAAU